CAGGACCGUCGUUCACUCUCGUGACCUCAAUUUUUCAAGAAAUCGAUUGUCGGAUGUCUUAAUAAUCACGCUUUUCUGCCCUUGUCACGAGUCCAUUCAACUACACCACCACCUCAUACAAAGAAGCACUUGUUCAAAUCUACCUCAAAAGAGGGCACCACUUUAUAAUUGGAGAUGAAUCCGUGGUUUGGCUUCACUCGAUUAGUAAAGGUGUCCAUGUUGAUGAGUCGGAAAGUGUUUCCGCACCGGACGCAGCGAUUCCCUGCAGCUAACAUGUCCACACAGAAACUGAAACAUGCCUUUGUGGCAGCAAACGGUGAUGUUCAAAUCAGUCCGGAGACCAACAAAUCAACAACAGACGAAGAAACUGUUCAUCCCGCUACAUACAUUCGUAGCGUUGCCAAGCAACUCGGCUGUGAUGUCACGGACAGGAAAUUAGCGGAACAUUUGGAUGCGAUUGAUCCGUUGAAAUCGUUUCGCGAUAUGUUCUUUUACCCGAAGAAUAAGGACCUUCUCUAUACUGAUCUCAGUUUAAUCGAUGGAGAAGAAGACUGUGUGUACUUUGUCGGGAAUUCGCUCGGCCUCCAACCCAAAGGUGUCAACCAUUACAUUCAAAAGGAACUCGACAAGUGGGCAAAAACAGGUGUUCAAGGUCAUACAAAUGGUGACCUUCCGUGGGCCUACUGCGAUGAAAAAGUGGACUACCGGUGUGCCAAAUUGAUUGGAGCGAAAGAGUCUGAAGUUGCCCUGAUGAAUGGGCUGACCGUCAAUCUCCAUCUUCUUCUCAUAUCGUUUUACCGACCAACACAACAGAGGCAUAAAAUAUUCCUCGAGUCAAAGGCUUUUCCGUCUGAUCAUUAUGCAUUUGAGUCGCAGAUUAAACUUCAUGGUUAUGAUCCAGAGACGAGCAUGGUGUGUUUGGAGCCAAGAGAGGGCGAGUUCUGUCUACGUACCGAGGACAUCCUAAAGAAAAUUGAAGACGAGGGUGACUCUAUAUCUGUGAUAUGUUUUAGUGGUGUACAGUAUUAUACUGGUCAAUUAUUCGAUAUGGAAGCCAUAACUAAGGCUGGACAUGCCAAAGGGUGUUAUGUCGGCUUCGACUUGGCCCAUGCCAUCGGAAAUGCCGAGAUAUUCUUGGACGACUGGGACGUCGACUUUGCGUGCUGGUGCACGUAUAAGUAUCUCUGCUCCAGUGCCGGUGGUUUGGCGGGCGCCUAUCUGAAUGACCGUUUCUCACUUAAUGACUUCCCCAAGCUGGUUGGAUGGUGGGGCCACAAGAUGUCCACAAGAUUCGUAAUGGACAAUAAAUUAGAUCUAUCACCAGGCAUUGCUGGAUACCGGAUAAGUAAUCCACCACCUCUGCUGUGCUGCCCCCUGUUGGCAAGUUUUGAUAUCUAUGAGAAAACGUCCAUGUCUGAUCUCAGGCGAAAGUCCAAAAUUCUCACUGGAUACCUGGAGCUCUUGUUAUCACAUCACUUCCCCAAGCCGGAGGACGGUGAAGUGACGGACAAACCAUUCACGGUCAUUGUAACCCCCUCGGAUCCGGAACAACGCGGCUGUCAGCUGUCGGUCAUGUUUUCUUUACCAAUCAAGAAAGUGUUUAAGGAGUUGGAGAAGAGAGGUGUAAUGUGUGAUGAAAGAGAGCCGAAUGUGUUGCGACUUGCGCCAAAACCAAUCUACAACAAAUUUGAUGAUGUCUACCGAUUUAUAGAACUCUUGGAAGCAUCGCUGAUUGCUGCCAAAGAAUGAGAUACUGUAUUACCUUAGAUUUAAUUCAGGCAGUGCUGUGUUGUGGCAAUUAUACAUGAGUUUCACGACGUGAUGAUGGCACUGAUGUUAGAUUGCAUGCAUAGGUGUUUAAGGGAGGUUCCACUGUAGUUAUCAUAAUAUGAUUAUAUAUUAUAUAAUAAGUUAAUGGGCCAUCAUCUAGGUUGUAUCGCAACGGUAUUAAAAAAAAGUAGAAUCGCUGUUAGCGAACACCUCUCUAUUAAAGACAGUUGUUUUGGUGCCAAAUUGGUUGUCUUCAUUCGUUUUGACCUCUCUAAUCAGGACACCUCCCUAUUAAGGACAGGACCAGCAUCUUCUUUUGAGUGCAAGCAGAGAAAGUAGACUGUAUAUCAGGGAAACAAUCGGAGUAAGCUGUAUACAAUUGAUCAACGAGAAAUAGACAUGACACAAGCUUUCGUAAUAAAUUCUAUUUAUUACCAUAUCA